AUGGGGAACGCGGUAUCAUCAUCGGACAGCGCGGAGGGUAACGUGAACGACGACGAGAUUGGAGAAGAAGACGCUCGCGUUCUUCCCAUCGCCGCCGCCGCCGCCGUGUCGGCAAUACAAAGAAGAACGUCCUCUUCGAAGUUGCCACUCCACUCUGUCGUCGUACCUCGAAGGCUUUCGCAACGGCCGGGAUGUACGAUUACUUUGAAGAACAUCGGGUGUAAAAUUACGUGUAAAUCGACGAAGAAGAAGAUGGGAGAGAAGAAAAGGAGAGAGUUUCCGUUCGACGAGCCGGACGAGGAGAUUGGCCCCGGCGCUGUGUCAUCUGAACAAGAAGAAGAAGAGCAAGAGCAAGAGCAAGAGCAACAACAACAACAAAAUCAAAAUAAGAAAUAUUUCGAGAAGACAAUUUUGGCGAACGUGACUGGUGUUAUAUCUCCAGGUUUAUGGGCGAUUAUGGGCCCAAGUGGAGCUGGGAAGUCAACUUUGUUGGACAUCAUCACUCGCCGCAAAACCGAAGGGAUUAUUUCUGGCUCGAUAUUGCUCGAUGGAAAACCGUCUACGACCUUGGCGAUUAAAAAAUACGCGAGUUACGUCGCCCAGCAAGACAUCUUCUACGGAGGAAGUACCGUAUUUGAAACCCUUUUGUUCGCCGCGAUGAUUAAGAUUCCUGGAGUGGAGAAGUUGGAGAAGCAAUCGGUGUACGAGCAAGUCGAGCAAGUUAUUCAGGCGAUGGAUCUGGAGAAAUGUCGCAACACGUAUCUUGGGAACGCCUUAGUCCGAGGCGUCUCGGGCGGUGAGAAGAAGAGAGUGUCGAUCGCCUCGGCGCUUUUGAGUCAGCCCAGAUGCAUGUUUCUGGAUGAACCUACGUCAGGCUUAGAUUCGCAGAUGGCCAGAGAGGUGAUGAUGUGCUUGGCGGAUUUACAAAGGCGCGAAGGAAGGACCAUAGUCACUACGAUCCACCAACCGUCUACGGACAUAUACAAUGUUUUUGACGGGUUGAUUCUAUUAAAUCGAGAGUGCGUAUAUUUCGGCGCUGCGGGUCAGAACCCAGUUCGUUUUUUCGAAACGCUUUCGGGUAUUCCUCAGCGCGUCUCCGGAUGUUCCGUGUCGGAGUAUUUACUCGAAGUGCUCUCGUUCAACGACUCGGUCGAUUUUGAAAAAUUUUACGAGCAAAGCGACUUGGCGGCGAAAAAUCACGAGGAUUCAGACGAAACGACAACGUACGAAAUCAACGUCAACAACGGAACCGAUGAAGAAGACAAGCAAUACGAGCGUACGCUUUUUGGCGAGCUGCUUUGCUUGAUUCGAUACAAAUUUUUUGUUCAUUUGUUCCAUUCGUUGUUCUGGUUCUCCCGCGUGAUAAUAUAUGCCCUCUUAGCCGCAACGCUCUCCGUUUUCUUUUAUGGUCAAGACCGAACGAUGAGCGGAAUCAUAAAUACCAACGGAAUUUUGUUCAUAAUGAUCAUUCUACCGAUGUUUAUGGCGCAAGGGUUCAUUGACAACCUAAAAACUGAACGCGAAGUCUACACGAAAGAGUUUCACGACUCGUAUUAUCGUUCGCUUUCGUACGUCACCGCGAAGAUUUUCGUGGAAAUUCCCGCGUGCGCCAUCAACGCGAUAUUGUAUACAAGCAUCAUAUUUUAUUCCAUCGGGCUUCAAGGUAGUUUUUGGUUUGUCGUCUUGGCAAAUUUUGUCAACAUGAUUGUGUGUAUGCUCAUCGGUUAUUCGAUCGGUGCUUUGGUUCCUGGCGAAAUUGGUCCAGGGGUCGUUCUGCCGGUCUUUUCUACGUUGAAUAUGCUCGUGAGCGGGUUUUUCGUACGCUUUGAAACGAUACCGGUGAUUUGGAAGUGGUUUUACGACUUUUCGUGGAUUCAGUGGGGAUGGAGUGCGGUCAUGGUGAACGAAUUCGGUGGAUCUGUGAGCUUUCGGGAACACUGCACGCCCGAAGGGUUGGACGAUAUGUUCGUCCAAUUAAACAUCCCACCGAACCAAGAGCGAGCGUUCCGAUUCUGGUUACGAAGUCAAAGCACUGAUGGAACGGAGUGCGAACCCAUUACAGGUUUCUCCAUUUUAAGAACGUUCGCGUUAGACGGACGGAAACGUUAUCAAAACGUCGCGUACGCUUCGGCUUGGAUACCGGUUGGUUUUCUGUUCUUCUAUUUGGGCGUGACGUUCGUGAGACACGAGAAGCGUUAA